CGGCCGCCGGACUUCGCUGAGCCCGAGGACGUGUGGAUCCUCGGGACCUCGCACCUCUCCGCGGAGUCCGCCGACGAGGUCGAGCGCGUGCUCCGUGCCGUCCGCCCCGACAACGUCGUCGUCGAACUCUGCCGGAGCAGAGCCGGGAUCAUGUACGCUUCCGACGACGCCUCCGGCGAGCCGCUGUUGAAAUCCAACAUGUUCUCGCUCGGCGGCACCAAGUUCUUCGGAGCCGUCAACCGGAGCAUCAACCUGGGUGGACAGAGUGCUCUUGCUCUGCGUUUGCUCCUAGCUGUUUUUUCGUCCAAGAUUUCUUCUGGCGCGAACCGGCCCUUUGGGGAGGAGUUCCGAGCAGCUAGGAGGGUGUCUGAAGAUAUUGGCGCUCAGCUCGUUCUUGGGGAUCGCCCUAUUGAAAUAACUCUUGAACGAGCUUUGAAAUCCCUCAGCUGGGAUGAAAAGACUAAACUCGUAAUCUCAUUAUUCCGUGGAAUCACUUCAACCACUCAUAUGCCGCAGCAGGAUGAGAAAGCUGCGGUUAGCCCGUACGAGUUGUACGAGAAGCUUAGCAGCUCAUAUCCUUCACUGCUGCAGCCUCUCAUACAUGAGCGCGACAUGUUCAUGGCUUGGUCCCUAAAGAGGAGCAAGGCGGUGAACAAGAGCAAGACGGUGGUUGGGGUCAUCGGGAAGGGGCAUAUGAACGGCGUGGUGUACGCGCUGAUCUCUGACCAGGGGGACCUGAGGUUCCGCGACCUCGUCGGCAGGGAAUCGUCGGAGACCUGGGCUAGCUCCGUCGUCAAGGGCCUGGUCAGGGAUACGGUGAUAGGGCUCGCGCUCUGGGCGCUGUACGAACUGCUGCAGGCUGCCGCCGUACAUAUAAAGCUGUAGCUGAAGUCCAUUUUUAGUGGCAAAGAUUGACAUCUGUAACCGUGCACGCUCUUUGCAACGUCGAUGCAGCUUGAUGAUAUUGUAAAGUCAAGUGAAGUACUCCCCUGUAAACUUUUAUAAGACGUUUAAGGGAUUUCCGACAGCCCCAA